AUAUAUAUAUAUAUAUAUAUAUUUUAAAAUUCGAAACAAGACGCGAAAGGCAAGGCAAACAAACAAGCAAAACAAAAGUCGAUCUGUGUGUGUUGCCUUUGCCCGAAAUUCUUGAAUCAACGACGACUGUUUCUGUUACCUGAGUUCUCACCUGAGCUCUUACCUCGGCACCUCGGCACCCUUGCAGCCGGCAAUAAGACCCUUAAAGAUCCUUCGAGCAAAACAGAAACCAAAAAGAACAUCAUGGCAGUGCAGCGAGAAGCAGGCGUACAGGACUUUGUCCUUUUGGACCAUGUCUCUAUGGAGAAAUUCAUGGAUAAUUUAAGAAAAAGAUUUCAGGUCGGAUCCAUCUACACAUACAUCGGUGAGGUGUGCGUCUCCAUGAACCCGUACAGACAGAUGAACAUCUACGGCCCGGAGACGAUCCGCAAGUACAAGGGCCGGGAGCUGUUUGAGAACGCGCCCCAUGUCUUUGCUAUCGCCGAUGCCGCCUACAGGGUACUCAAGCAGCGCCAACAGGACACCUGCAUCCUGAUUUCAGGUGAAUCGGGUGCCGGCAAGACCGAGGCUUCCAAGAUCAUCAUGAAGUACAUAGCCGCAGUGACGAAUGCCCAGGGUCAAAAUGAAAUCGAACGAGUCAAGAACGUUCUCAUCCAGAGCAAUGCCAUCCUGGAGACAUUCGGAAAUGCCAAAACAAAUCGCAACGACAACUCCAGUCGAUUCGGCAAGUACAUGGACAUCGAGUUCGACUACAAGGCUGACCCGGUGGGUGGCAUCAUUACGAACUACCUCCUGGAGAAGUCGCGAGUGGUGCAGCAGCAGGCUGGCGAACGGAAUUUCCACAGUUUCUAUCAGCUACUGCGUGGAGCCAGCGACAACGAACUGCGGCAAUAUGAGUUGCAGAAGGAGACCGGCAAGUACCAUUACCUUAACCAGGGCAGCAUGGACAUCCUGACGGAGAAGUCCGACUACAAGGGCACCUGCAACGCCUUCAAGACCCUGGGAUUCUCCACGGACGAAGUGCAAACCAUUUGGCGAACAGUGGCGGCCAUUCUGCAUCUGGGAAAUGUAGAGUUUCAAACCAUCGAGGAUGAGCUGGUGAUCAGCAACAAGCAGCACUUGCAGUCCACUGCCAGGUUGCUCCAAGUCACAGAGUCCGAUCUUUCCACCGCCUUGACGAAACGCGUCAUUGCCGCUGGAGGAAACGUCAUGCAAAAGGAUCACAAUGCCACCCAGGCGGAGUACGGCAAGGAUGCCCUGGCCAAGGCCAUCUAUGACCGCCUGUUCACCUGGAUCAUUUCCCGCAUCAAUCGGGCCAUCCUCUUCCGAGGCAGCAAGACCCAGGCCAGGUUCAACUCUGUCAUCGGAGUCCUGGACAUCUACGGUUUCGAGAUCUUUGACUCCAACAGCUUUGAGCAGUUUUGCAUUAACUACUGCAAUGAGAAAUUGCAGCAAUUGUUUAUUGAACUGGUGCUGAAGCAGGAGCAGGAGGAGUACCAACGUGAGGGCAUUGAAUGGACCAACAUCGACUACUUCAACAACAAGAUUAUUUGCGAUCUGGUGGAGCAACCGCACAAGGGUAUCAUCGCCAUUAUGGAUGAGGCCUGCCUGAGUGUGGGCAAGGUCACCGAUGACACCCUCCUGGGCGCCAUGGACAAGAACCUGAGCAAGCAUCCCCACUACACCAGUCGCCAGCUGAAGCCCACCGACAAGGAGCUGAAGCAUCGCGAGGACUUCCGCAUCACUCACUACGCCGGCGAUGUCAUCUACAACAUCAACGGUUUCAUUGAAAAGAACAAGGAUACGCUGUACCAGGACUUCAAGCGCCUGCUACACAACUCCAAGGACGCCAACCUGAGUGAAAUGUGGCCCGAGGGAGCCCAGGACAUCAAGAAGACCACAAAGAGGCCACUGACCGCCGGUACCUUGUUCCAGCGAUCCAUGGCCGAUCUGGUUGUGACGCUGCUGAAGAAGGAGCCCUUCUAUGUGCGGUGCAUCAAGCCCAACGACAUCAAGAGCUCGACGGUGUUUGACGAAGAGCGUGUGGAGCACCAGGUCCGCUACUUGGGUCUUCUGGAGAAUGUGAGAGUGCGUCGCGCUGGAUUCGUGCAUCGCCAGCGCUACGACAAAUUCCUGCUGCGCUACAAAAUGAUCUCGCAGUACACGUGGCCCAACUUCCGGGCCGGCAGCGAUCGCGACGGUGUCCGGGUGCUGAUCGAGGAGAAGAAGUUUGCGCAGGACGUCAAGUAUGGACACACCAAGAUCUUCAUCCGCUCCCCACGCACUCUGUUCGCCUUGGAGCAGCAGCGCAAUGACAUGAUCCCACAGAUCGUCACCCUGCUGCAGAAACGGGUACGGGGCUGGAUCGCUCGCAAGAACUACAAGAAGAUGAAGGCGGCCAUGACGAUUAUGCGGGCCUACAAGACCUACAAGCUGCGCAGCUACGUCCAGGAGCUGGCCAACCGCUUCCGCAACGCCAAGCAGAUGCGCGACUACGGCAAGAGCAUCCAGUGGCCGCAGCCUCCGCUGGCAGGAAGGAAGGCCGAGGCAAAGUUGCAUCGCAUGUUCGACUUCUGGCGCGCCUACAUGAUCCUGAAGAAGUAUCCGCGUAGCGAGUGGCCCCAACUAAGACUCCAGAUCGUUGCCGCCACCGCCCUGGCUGGACGUCGCCCGCACUGGGGCCAGCAGAGGCGCUGGCUGGGCGACUACCUGGCCAACUCGCAUGAUAACAGCGGCUACGAUGCCUACACCGCCAAUAUGCGCAACAUGAAGAACCAAGCGGCCGGAAACCCCAAUGCCGAGUCCUUCCGCCAGGUCCUCUUCUCCGGAUUCGUGAAAAAAUUCAACCACUAUAACAAGCAGGCUGAUCGUGCCUUCAUCGUCACGGACUCCACCAUAUACAAGCUUGAAGGCAUUAAGAAGAAGUUCAAAAACAUGGAUCGUACUAUUGCAAUCCGAGAGUUGACUGCGAUAAGUGUUACUCCUGGACGCGAUCAACUAAUUGUCUUCCAUUCGCCGAAAAACAAGGACUUGGUGUUUGCCCUUACGGGCGAGCACACGCCCCUGAAGGAGGACCGCAUUGGAGAACUUGUGGGCAUCGUCUGCAAGAAGUAUCAUGACCUAACCAACACCGAACUGCGAGUGAAUGUCAGCAGCUCUAUCGCCUGCCGGCUGGACGACAAGCCAAAGACCAUUAUCGUGGAGGCAGCGUCGAAUGUGGAGAUUCCCAGUUUCCGCCACAAGGACGGCAGCAUAAUCUUUGAGGUGCCGGCUUCGUAUUGCAUUUGAGAUAGGGAUUGCAUUCCCGAUUGUACUGUAAAUUAUGCGACCUAUUCUUAAGAUGCCACGUCAUGAUCAUGAUCGGCCUUGGCAGAAUUUUUUAUUAUGUACGUCCUUUGAUCCAACUUUGUGUAUACCGUGCCUUUUGCUAAUAUCCCAUUUUUCUAUUAGUAAUAGUAGUUAGUUUUAUAUGUUCUGUGUGUGUGUAUGUGUCUUAGGGAGAAAAAGUGAUUGUAAUUUUGUACAUUUUUCUAUAAUAUGUAUGUAUUAUGCAUUAAGGCGAUAUUUAUUACCAUCCAUGUGAAAAGAACGACCUCCGCCGGUUGACCUGGCAGGCGGCAAAGAACGCAACAAAAAGUAUUAUAUGUACUUUGUGCAUUUGGUUCGACUAUAAUAUUAUAUGAUUCACAGCACACGACGACAAACAUUUUGUAGCAAUUGUUUAAUCGACGAAACAAGUUUGUACUUAAAAAUCGAAGAAACCACAAACAUACGUGUGCCAUUUGCAAUUAAUAUUAUUUAUACAAAAUAUAUGCAAUAAAAUCUAUAACUUGGAUUUUUCCAUUUUCAAAACAAA